CCAAAACAAAGUCACUAACAAAUAUAAAAUAUAAUAUUUUGAUUUUCUGUUAAUGUUGUUUUAAAAUUAUGGAAAUUAUUUAUUAAGUUAAAUUUUUGCAGUAAGAAUGUCAUCUAAAGAUAGCCUUACAUCUGUUUUGUCAGAAUGUGAAGAAUUUCAGGCUAAAAGAACCAACUUAUUUGCUGUAUUAGAUCAAGCAGAAAAAGAUUUGGAAUCAAAAAUUCCAAAGGCAGCAGUAAUUGACACUCAUGACAUACUUAACGGUCGAGUAGAACGCAAUAGAAGUAAUCGGUCACUAACUAAACAAUUUCGUGGAAAAAGUAGCCUAUUUGCUAAACCAGAUAUACCACCAUGGCGUAUAUUAGAAAAAAAUAAAAUGCCCGAUUAUAAAUUACAUCCCCAUAAAUGGACUAAGUACUCAUUAGCAGAUGUUAAUGAAAUGAAUGACAAAAGUAAUGCAGCUGCUGCUUUUGCUUUUUUAAAAGAAAUGAAAACGAGAAAAAUAGAAAAUACUGAAGAGAAUUUGGAAAAAGGAACAAAAAUUGUAUUUAAACGAGUUGAAAAGUCCAAAGAAGAAGAUUUAAAGCCAUUUUAUAAGAGUAGUAAGUUAGUUAUGCCAGAGUAUGAAUUUGGAAAAAAAAUUAAAAAAAAGAAAACUGUAUCAGAUCGUAAAAUAAAUAGUAAUACUAUAACAACCAUUAAAUUAGGACAUUUAAUAGAUGAAGAGGAUAUUGAUGACUAAAAUUGAUGAAAUUUUGUAAAAACAGAAGAAUGUAAAAAAAUAUUGUAUCAUACUUAACACUAAUAUUAAUAUAUUUAAAAAAUAUUUAUAUUAACAUAUGUAUUGAAAUUAUGUUUAAAUAAAAUGGUAGUUUAUUUGUUACCAAAUAAAAUAAUUUUUAAUAUUUUAA